GCAGGGCUUCCCCGUAGGUGUCAAGUGAGCCAGAUUCCUCCUUCCCCCUCAAAGUGCAUGUGUUACUCUCCUCAGCCCGAGGUCUCAGUAGCAGCAAGUCCCUGUGGUUAAUAAUGGUACAUCCGAGCUACCGGAUCACGCCAACCCAAGGCUUCCUUCUGUUCUGGGCUGCUCUGCAUUUCAGCACCUGGGAUCUUUGCACACCAGUAGAUCCUGGGCCCAUUUCAGGAGCUCCCCUGGUCUCAGACAGAGGAAUGAACCAAACAGGCAUGAUGCCCCUCACCUGCCAAAGCUUCCAGUGCUCUGGGGAGCAAUGUUACCAGAAUGAAGCUCACGGCAACAACACGGAGCCCUGCCACAACGCAACACACUGUGAGCUUUACCGGUUCAACAGCACCAGCUACACAGCCCGGUGCAGCAGUGAGUGUGGGAGCAGCAACACCACUGAGAUGUGCAUGACCAAUGGCAGUGUGAGCAUGAGCGUGUGUACAAUGGAGUGCUGUGCUUCACCCAACUGCCUCAGCCUCAAUGCCACAGCCUACGGAGACCUGCCACCCACCACCACACCAGCUCCCACGACAACCACCACAAAAGCGCCUCCCAAAAAUGGAAAAGUGUGCUCAUCCUUCACCUGCCACGGAGACGGCUGCUACAAGGGCCAGAAGGCCUCAGCUGGCUGUAUUGUGGGCUUUGACUACUGUGAGAUGAAGAAAACAGGACCCCAUUACGUGGCAGGCUGCAGCAAGCUCUGCAAAACAUCUGGCAAGCCCUGCACCACUGGAUCCACUAAGCCCUGCUUUCAGGAAUGCUGCCAAGCAAUGCCCAAAGCCAGCUGCCUCAAGCUGGAUGGCAAAGUGCACUUCAACCGGGCCAGGUCCCUGGCUCCAGCCUUUCUGCUUCAGCUUCUGACUGGGGCAGCGCUUCUGGGUCUGAACUACGUCCUGUUGUUUUCCUUGGGGUCCCACUGACAACUGGGCCUCUGAGGUUGAGGAGUGGGCCUUAGGGUCUGACACCAGGCCUGUGGGCUAGCAUGACUCCCUCUUUUGGGUUAGGACCUCUUUCUGGAAGAGAAGGAGCAGGCAUUCAGGAAAAAAAUACUCUCUCCAUUUACCUUGUACUGGGCAGAGCUUAUGCACUAUGCUUUCUGUCCCAAACCUUUGGCUUGUGUAUUUUGCCAAUGGAGUUCAUCUCUCUACCUGCCUCUCGCUUUGCUCUAGUUGGACCAGGAGCUGGGCUGGAGCAGCCACUCUGAAUCAAAACAGCAAUACCCCUAAAAUAGGGUUGCCAACUUCCAGGGGGUACCUGGACAUCUCCUGCUAUUACAACUGAUCUCCAAAUUGCAAAGAUAUGUCCCCUCAGAAAAUGGCUGCUUUGGAGGUUAGCCUCUAUGGUGUUAUAUCCUGCUGAGGUACCAUCCCUCCCCAAACCCCUCCCAGACUCUGGCCCCCAAAUCUCCAGGUAUCUCCCAUCCCAGAGUUGGCAACUCCACCCUGGAAAUAGCUGUCAGGCCUCACCUGCUGUUUAUUGAGGAGAUCUGGGAAGUGGGGAGGGGUUGCUUCUUGUAUACAACAGGCCUAGGCAGGCUUGUGUGAAGAAGUGGCCCUUUCUGGCACGGGUGAUCUGUCCAGGCUCUGUACCAAUCCAGUGAUUUGCCAGAGCUCAGCAGCAGGGAGGACUGAUUUGGCAGAGGGUGGGAAAUAAAUCUUUUAAGUCACAGAGGGGAGGAAGAGAAGGCCUUGAGUUGGUCCUGGUGUAGCUGAACCCCUUCCAGAUGUUGCUGCUCCUCCUCCAUGUGUGAAGGGCAGUCUUUCACCCUCCGCUGCUGGGGAUGUUGCCUUCCCCACUGUGGCAGCCAGCAUCCCUACAAUGAUACUUAAGAGAAUUUUCAAUCAUCCUUUCUUCUCCAGUUGCCCACAGGAUGCAAUAAGUGAUACUGAAGAUCUAGCUGGAUAAUGGUUAGUGGUGAAGGGAAGACCCAAGAAGCGUAAGGGGGCUGUGUUACUGCCCUCCCUUUGCCCAAACUUUGCUGCUUUCUAGGAUUUAGGAGUCUUUGGCAUCAUGGCUGUUGCUGUUGCUCCACUGGUCUGGCACAAAUGUUGGGAGGAAAGGACCCUGGACCACAAUUGUCACAAGUACCCAGGACCUGAUAUAGGGUGUUACUGGAUAACUGAGAAUAAGGGAGCCACUGCUAUUAAACGUAGCAAACAUGUAAGCAGAAAUUUAAUCAAAAGGUCCAGCAUUUGAAAUCAAAUACAACAAAGUGCACAUUUCUCAGAGAUCAUGGGUUAGUUUAGCAUAAGCAUAAGCAUUUUAUUGUCAUUGUGCACGCACAACGAAAUUUACAGCAGCAUUCCUCGAUGCACACAAUUUCAGACUCAUACAUCAUCCUCACUUUCCCCUUCCUCCACCCAUCCCUACACAGCCCCAAACACAUCAACCAGAAGCCGCGGAGUUUAGCAUAGCCACAGCUAUGCUAGAAGGAAAGGGAGAGAAAACGUAGGGGUGAGCCACUGAUUUCAUGCCUGUCGUGGGAUUCUUAGAACUAUCUGGUUGACUACUGUGAAAAGGAGAGUGUUGACUUUGAAUGGCUUUUCUGGUACUGGUAAGCUAGAUGCGGCUGCUUCAGCAAAGGGCAGAGGGAUUCAAAAUGUGACUUAAAUUCAUGCUACCACGGGAGAACUUGUACAAUUCUUCAGCUUUGAUCGCAUGAUGUUUCUCCUUGGCCCCAAUUCUAUAAAAUAAAAUGUUCAUUAUAUAGUCCUAGUAAUGGUCUGUAGGAGUGAAAGAACUGCUUCUUUUUUUAAAAAAAGAAGGAUGAAACUCUAGCUUUCCUCUAGGGUACAGCUAUUCUUUCAACUUAGCUGCAUUUUUAAACAAAAGAGGAACUUGUACGAUCAGAACCUUUCCAGGCUGGCCAUAAUGCCCAAGUGGCUCUUUGCAUGCUGUUUAAUUUGGAAUUGCAGUCUUUGGUAUGGGAGUAAAAUAUAGGGGGAAGCAGAAG